AUGACCAACAACAGACUGCAAUACCGCCGCCGGAACCCGUACAACACGCGGUCCAACAAGGUUCGCAUCAUCAAGACCCCCGGCGGCGAGCUCCGUUACCUUCACCUGAAGAAGAAGGGUACUGCUCCCAAGUGCGGUGACUGCGGCAUCAAGCUCCCCGGUAUCCCUGCCCUCCGUCCCCGCGAGUACUCUCAGAUCUCGCGCCCCAAGAAGAAUGUCAGCCGUGCCUACGGUGGCUCUCGCUGCGCUGGUUGCGUCAAGGACCGCAUUGUCCGUGCCUUCCUGAUUGAGGAGCAGAAGAUCGUCAAGAAGGUCCUCAAGGAGUCCCAGCAGAAGGCCGCCAAGCGCUAA